AUGUCCACCAUAGCGUCGCCCAGAGACCCCCAUUCCACCUUUCGGCGAACACCUUCCUCCCAGGCCAUCGUAACUCCCACCUCGUCCACGCGCCCCAGUCUCGACAUCCCAAGGUCUGCGACCAGCUCUCCCAACCCGUCUGCACCCGCCUCCGCAACCGCGCCCAACAAGCGCAAUAACCGUGCUGCCCUCCGCGAGUACUACAACCUCAAAAAGACGUCUGCUUCCGCCACGCCCCCGCUGCUUGAGGUCACCGACACCGAUUCCGCCUCCUUGGCCGAUGCCGCCGACUUCCCCCACUCAGACGUCCCGACAUCCGAGAUCGAUGCUGAUGGCUUCGACGCCGACGCCUACGUCAAGUCCAAGCUGAAGGACAGCAGCCUCGAGGAGCUGCUCAAGACCUACACCAGGGUCCUCGGCGAGAUACGUGCACUCGACGCCGAGAAAAAAGCACUGGUCUACGACAACUACAGCAAGCUUAUCACCGCCACCGAGACGAUACGCAAGAUGCGCUCCAACAUGGAUCCACUAAACCCCAUGGCUGCCACGCUCGACCCAGCCGUUGCCCACAUCUACUCACAAGCAUCGUCCAUUAGGGACACACUCAGGGAGUCCGCCCCGAAGCCGGAAGACACCAAGAGCCAACAGGAGGCGCAGGCGAGGGAGAAAAGGGCCAGGGAGCUUGUCGCUGGGGUGCUGGACACGCCGGACAGGAUACGGGCUUUGGCCCAAGAGGGCAGGCUGGAGGAAGCCAGAGAGGCCUGGGCGCUUCCUCGUCGGCUGCUCCUGGCCUGGAAACAGAAGGGUAUUGGGGGCCGUGAUGUUGAUGCAUGUCUGGCAGAAGGGGACGCAGCCGUCAAAGGCGCGGAUUCGCCCUCGUGA